AUGGCAGCACCCCCAUUGAUUUACACUCGUUCUACUUACUCCCCGCCAAUUACUUCACCAUCAUCCGCCCCGUACUGUUCUUCACCCUCUACCUAUAAUUCUAUUUUCACUCCCCUUUCUGGUGCAAAUAGAGGACAAAGACACGAGAACCCAAGAGCCCAAGCUAUGAGUACUACCACUCACGGAAUGUCUCCUGCUAGAACCACUGGGAAUCCAAAGAAUGAUCCUGAUCACCUCCUAGUUCUUGUCCAUGGUAUCGGGUCUAGCCCAGGUGACUGGACUUAUGCAGAGGAAGAGUUAAAGAUGCACCUUGGAAAAAGCUUUCUAAUUUAUGCAAGUUCAUCAAAUGCUUACUCCAAGACAUAUACUGGGAUUGAUGAAGCUGGAAAGAGAUUAGCUGAUGAAAUCAUGCAAGUUGUGAAGCAGACAAAGAGCCUAAAGCGGAUAUCCUUUCUGGGCCAUUCUCUUGGAGGCCUCUUUGCUAGAUAUGCAAUUGCUGUUCUUUAUUCACCUUCGCCUAAUACUUAUAAUAGUAGCCAACCUGGUGAUCCUGCAAACUCUGUGAUGGAAAAUUCCCAGAGAACUGACUUCUCAAGAGGGAUGAUUGCUGGACUGGAACCGAUAAAUUUUAUUACUUUAGCAAGUCCACAUCUUGGUGUAAGGGGGAAAAAACAACUUCCAUUUCUAUUCGGUAUUCCGAUACUUGAAAAGCUUGUCGCACCUAUUGCUCCAUUUUUUAUUGGUCAGACUGGUACUCAGCUGUUCCUUACAGAUGAUAAGCCCAACAAACCACCCCUUCUUUUGAGAAUGGCUUCUGACUGUGAAGAUGGAAAAUUCAUAUCUGCACUUGGAGCAUUUAGAUGUCGUGUUGUUUAUGCUAAUGUAUCAUACGACCAUAUGGUUGGGUGGCGCACGUCCUCUAUAAGGAGGGAAAUCGAACUUGGUAAGCCUCCACGCCAAUCUUUGGAUGGAUACAAGCAUGUUGUUGAUGUGAAAUACUGCCCCGCAGUUCCUUCCCAUGAACCUCAAUUUCCUCCAGAGGCAGUGAAAGCGAAGGAGACUGCACAGCAUACACAGAAUAUUAUAGAAUUUCAUGAAAUUAUGGAAGAGGAGAUGAUACGAGGAUUACAACGAGUAGGAUGGAAAAAAGUUGAUGUCAACUUUCACUCAGCAGUUUGGCCUCUCUUUGCUCAUAGCAGCAUCCAUGUGAAAAAGAAAUGGCUUCACAAUGCUGGUGUAGGAGUAGUUGCUCAUGUUGUUGACAGCUUAAGACAGCAAGAAACAUCAUCAACUUUACCGACAUCAUAA